GAAACACUAAACGCGCUUCUUACUUCCAUAUGCGUUACAAAUGAGUUCACCAAAGCGACGUUGUUUCAGACAACGGAAUGCAAGUGAAAGCAGUACCGAAGAUGAAAUGUAAAACCUAACUGAUCACUCAAUUUCUUUUUCUAGUGUUGAGGGUGAAAAAAGUGGCGAAUCCAGUGGACUUGAAGAGUAUGAGAAAGAAGAGUUAACUCGUCAAAAUGAUUUAAAGGAACGUGAUGCCUUCGUUAAACGUCUUGUUGACCGGGAUCAGCAACAAACUAAAGGGGUUUCUUCUAGGUCCGCUAGUAAGCAUGAAGAAGCUUUGAAAAAAAUAACGAAUGGUGAAGUUAGUCGUGAAGAAAUGAUUGCCGAGCUGCGCAAAGCAUCUAGACGAACAUAUCUGCGAAAAAGACAGUCUGACAAACUUGCAGAUCUUCAAGCUGAAAUCCAAGAUGAAGAACUAUUUUUUGAAAAUGAAGAAUUAACUGAGAAGGAAAAGGCCGAACUAUUAUAUAAGAAGACCAUUUUGGCGGUUGCGAAAUCCCAUCAACAAGCAGGAGAACUGGAAAAUAUCUUUCGUUAUUACAUUCCUACUGAAGAAAAGCGACCAGAAGAUCACGAACUCAAAGGAUCUGAAAGUAAAUUAAAUGAUGAAGGCAAAAGAUGGGAACAGGAACAUCUUUCCUCGGCACUUUAUUCUUUCGGUGCUAAAGACAAAGUUGAACAAGAAGUGAAAUAUGAUCUUGUUUUGGAUGAUGAAAUAGAGUUUUUAAAAACACUAACUCGACCCGGUGCCAACAUUAAACAAGAAGUCAGUCUAGACGAAGAGCAAAAACGAAAAGCUACUGACAAACGUGAAGCCCUCAAGGAAGCAAAACGCUCGCUCCCGAUCUAUAAAUUCCGGGAUGCUCUUUUACAAGCUAUUGCUGAUCAUCAGGUUUUAAUCAUAGAAGGUGAAACAGGUUCUGGUAAAACAACUCAAAUUCCUCAGUAUUUGUACGAAGCGGGUUAUUGUAAUGGAGGAAAACGUAUCGGAUGUACACAACCACGUCGUGUUGCUGCCAUGUCAGUAGCUGCUCGAGUUUCACAAGAAAUGUCUGUUAGACUUGGAUCUGAAGUGGGAUACAGUAUUCGUUUUGAAGAUUGUACUUCAGAGCAUACAAUAAUAAAGUACAUGACAGACGGCAUGCUUUUGCGUGAAUUUCUCACAGAACCAGAUUUGGGCAGUUAUUCGGUAAUGAUUAUAGACGAAGCACAUGAACGUACAUUACAUACAGAUAUACUGUUCGGUUUAGUAAAGGAUGUAGCUCGUUUUCGAUCCGAUUUGAAACUUCUAAUUAGCUCUGCUACUUUAGAUGCAGAAAAGUUUGCUACAUUUUUUGAUGAUGCUCCUGUAUUCCGAAUUCCAGGUCGUCGUUAUCCAGUUGAUAUCUACUAUACAAAAGCUCCAGAAGCUGAUUAUAUUGAAGCUGCUAUCAUAUCUAUUCUUCAAAUACAUGUAACUCAACCUCCAGGUGAUAUUCUAGUCUUUUUAACUGGUCAAGAAGAAAUUGAGACUGCCAAUGAGUUAUUAAUGGAGCGUACAAGAAAACUUGGGAGUAAAAUUCGUGAAUUAAUAAUUCUACCUAUUUAUUCUAGUCUUCCAUCUGAUAUGCAGGCAAAAAUUUUUGCACCGACACCACCAGGUGCUCGAAAAGUUGUCUUAGCCACAAAUAUCGCUGAAACAUCACUUACAAUUGAUGGUAUUAUUUAUGUUAUUGAUACUGGAUUUUGUAAACAGAAAUUUUAUAGUGCACGUUCUGGUGUUGAAUCAUUAAUAGUUGUUCCAAUAUCACAAGCUGCAGCCGAUCAAAGAGCUGGACGUGCUGGACGUGUAGCCGCAGGCAAAUGUUUUCGUCUAUACACUUCACAUGCUUACCAUACGGAAUUAGAUCCACAACCUAUUCCAGAAAUACAACGUACAAAUUUAGGUAAUGUUGUCUUAUUACUUAAAUCUCUUGGUAUUGAUGAUCUGCUACAUUUUGACUAUAUGGAUCCCCCACCACAUGAUGCUUUAAUUAUGGCAUUAGAACAAUUAUACGCCUUGGGUGCAUUAAAUCAUAAAGGUGAACUAACUAAAAUGGGUCGUCAAAUGGCUGAAUUCCCAUGUAAUCCACAAUUAUCAAAAAUGAUUUUAGCCUCAGAUAAGUAUAAAUGUUCCGGUGAUAUUAUCACUAUUGCGUCUAUGCUUUCUGUAAAUAAUGCCAUCUUCUAUAGACCGAAAGAUAAAUUAAUUCAUGCAGAUACUGCACGAAAAAGUUUUUCUCAUAUAGCCGGUGAUCAUAUUAUGCUAUUGAAUGUUUAUAAUCAGUGGGCAGAAUCGGAUUUCUCUUCUCAUUGGUGUUAUGAGCAGUUUAUUCAGUAUCGAACUAUGAAACGAGCCCGUGAUAUUCGUGAUCAAUUCGUAGGUUUGUUAGAUCGUGUUGAAAUUGAUCUAGUGAAUAAUCCACAUGACCAUGUGAACAUUCGAAAGGCUAUAACUGCUGGAUUUUUCUAUCAUACAGCACGAUUCACUGGUGAUGGUUAUAAAACUGUAAAACAAAAGCACACAAUUUAUCCACAUCCAAAUUCAUGUCUAUCUGAAGCAUUGCCGAAAUGGGUUAUCUAUCAUGAAUUGGUAUAUACAACUAAGGAAUUCAUGCGUCAAAUUAUUGAAAUUGAAUCAAAGUGGCUAUUGGAAGUUGCACCGCAUUAUUAUAAAGAAAAAGAAAUUGAAUAUACUACUGAAAAAGUUUCUAGAAAUAAAGGUAAAUCACGCGCAGAAUUGGAGCCAAGUGAAGGUGUCUAAUGAUAAUGAAAAUAAAACACCACAUGUACAUUUUGUGAUUUAAAGCGAGGCAGACAGACAGAUGGAGACUUAUAAUGUAUAUUUUUAGAGUUGUACAUUUCCAUUUUGACUUUGAUAUCUCUUUUUUUUCUCAAGGAAAAAAGUAAUUUCUGUACAGUUUUGUAUUUUAAAGUUUUAACUUAGAUUAUUCAAUUUUUUACAGAAAGGAAAUAUAAAAAUUGAUUCAGA